AUGCUCGUCAAAACUGUGGUAGUCUGUCUCUCGCUCGCCGCCGCCCUUCCGGCCUCCGCAGCUCCAGCCCCGUUGGCAACCUCGACAGUCGUCAGGCUUCCCGAACUCAUCACUAUGACUGUUGGUUUCGUCGCACCCACAGAGAUCCCCGAUCCUGCGCCCACCUCCAAGUCCUCCGCCUCCGCCCACCGUAUGCCGGGCAUGGACAGUCGCCUGCCCGGGAUCUCCGACGCCGAAGAAUACGUCCCGGGCCUCUCGGGCAUGGAGAACAACGCCAGGCUCCCCGUCGACGCCUCGAGCCUCCUCCGGCGACAAAUCCGCAUCGACAACUACGACGCGACGAACAACAACAUGACGCAGCCCCUCCUCGGCGGCGCGCACCGCCUCCUCGCGCGCGGGAACAAGAAGGCGCAGAAGCUUCAGGCGGCGCACAUGAAGACUGUCCAGGCGGCUGCCCAGCCCACCAGUGCGCCGGCGGGCGGCCUGCCGCUGGGUGCGGCGACACCUAUGAAGGCAAUAUCCUCUGGCGUGCAGGGACUCGGAGCGACGAGGAUGGAGAGCUCAGAUGUCUUCCACAAGGCCCUCGGCGCGGCUUUCGACCCAAUGGGCGCACUGCAGGACACAAGCCCCUCCUCCACGAGCACGUCCUCCGCUCCCAAGGCAACCUACAGCAAGACCACGAAUGCCGAACCUCUACCCGUAGGGCCGGGCUAUACCACCGACACGAUGGACACCGUCCCGGAGCAGGCGCCGCCGAAGUCGAAGCAGAAGCGCCACUCGUUCAUGUUCGAUCUCAACGGGCUGUUCCCGGAGCCGCCGAGCACGACGAUGGACAGCCUCGCGACCCCGAGCCCAGUGCAGGCCUGGCAGAACGACGCGCUGUUUGAGCUGGACAGCAACCGCAGGCCCGACCCUGCGUUCCCGCACAACGUGACGAGCGCGGCGACAAAUGUGACGGGGACGGCUCAGGGCGUGGCGGGUAAUGCUACGAAGGCUUGA